UGAGCCCUGACCCCACUGCCCUCACUGGGGCCAGAGCAGGUGACAGAAGCCAUGGCCAGGGGAGGACCAGCCCAAGCCAUUGAGACACCCACAUCCGCCACUACGGCCGUUACGGCCAGCUGGGGACGGCAUCUCCUACUGACCAUCCUGCUCGCGGCCUCGCUGGGCAGGGCCCAGGCGGGGCAGUCAGCAAACAACAGUGUCCGGGCUCAACGCUCAGGGGCAGGAGAGAAACAAUUAGCAUGUGGUCGCCCGCUGGGCCCCCAGGGUCGGACCAUGAUGCCGGUCAUUGGGGGCACCGCGGCGAGGCCCGGAGAGUUCCCCUGGCAGGUGAGCAUCCAGAACAAAGGGGUACACCUGUGUGGAGGAGCCAUCCUAGACCGCUGGUGGGUCCUGUCAGCCGCCCACUGCUUCUCCAAGAGCAAGUCAACUGCGCUGCGGGUCGUGCUGGGCUCCCAUGACCUGCAAAGCCCAGACUGUGAGCACAAGGCAGUCAAAAGGACCAUCAUGCACCAGCACUUUAACCACGUGUUCAACGACAACGAUGUGGCCCUGCUCCUCCUCAGCUCCCCCAUCGACUUCGGCAAGCGCAAGUUGCCCAUCUGCCUGCCGGCGCCCGGGGGUCCGAGGGCAUGGAAGGACUGCUGGGCAACUGGCUGGGGCAUCACCGAAGAAGGGGGCAAGGAGAUGCCUUCAAUCCUGCAGAAAGUCCAGUUGCAGCUGGUCAGCUGGGAACACUGCACCAAGAAAAUCCACUUCAUCACCCAGAACAUGCUCUGUGCUGGACACAAGAAAGGGGGAAAGGACACCUGCCAGGGCGACAGCGGGGGGCCCCUGGUGUGCACCCUGGGGGCCCGACAGCAGUGGUACCAGCUGGGUAUCGUCAGCUGGGGCAUAGGCUGCGGCAGGAAGGGCCGCCCCGGGGUCUAUACGGCAAUGCCCAACUACCUGGACUGGAUCCAGAAUGAGACCUCACUGGUGGGCAGACCCUACUCGCCCCUCCUGGGCUCCGGGCAUCCCACCGCUGUGCCUCUGCCCUGGCUGCUCUCCCUGCCGGCCUCCCUCUGGAUCCUCCCUCUCCCGGCCUGCUUCCCCUGGAAAUAAACACUGCCCUAAA